AUGGGAUCGGAUUAUUCACUAACCUGUAUGCCCAAAUGGGAUGAUUCGCUACGCCAUACAAAUAUAUUGAAACCUGUUGGCACACAUCCAGCUCGAAGUGUGACUGACAAUCAAGUAGCGUCUUGCAGGACAAUUAAAACGAUUGCUCCCCAAAUACAUUCGAGUAUGGACAAUCAGGUGCAAAAAAAGCAUGUGCAUUUUUUAAAAACUAAUCUGUAUCCAUCUACCGAGCUGUGUGAAUCUGGAACAGAGGUUCUUCCACCUAUUCGAAAACAUAAAGCGCGUAUGGAUGGAUACCACCCAUGUGGUAAAGAAACUUUGGCGUUGGAUCAUGCACGUAGUCGAAAGAAUGGAUCCACAACUAUUUAUAUUCAACACACAAAAGAUCAUUUACUCUAUGAUUCACAGGCAGAUCUGAAACAGGUUAAUUCUAGUAUGGAUAGUAUAUCCACUACGACUACGCAAAGCGUUCAAUCACGCACCUUGGAAAGUCAUGGCACACGAUCUCAGCUCAAAACUCUUCAACCACGACGUAUUUCUGUAUUUUCAACUCUGAUCAAAGGUAAUACAGGCACGCUUUAUUCCAUUCCAGAUAUAAAAAGAUCAGAAUACACUGGCGAAUCAUCAAAUUUAAUGAAAACACUUGUGGCUGGUUCAAAAGCAUCCUUGAGCACAGUCAUGUCCAUCACAAUGCUAAUGAAGGAGCGCAAUACGGAAAUGGAUUUGAAAUACAAACAUAAUGUUCCAACCUCGAUAACCUUGCCCAAAAAAAAGGUUUGCACAUUUGAUGCUGUGCCAGAAGAUAACUGCUCUGUUGAUGUUUCUUCAUCAUCGUUUACAUCAGACCGAGUUUCAACCUAUUCCAACGAAUCAACUCAGGACACGUUACUAAAUCAUACUCAAUCUAGUGGUGAUGAUCAAUUUGAUGCACCCACCAUUGCAGUUACAAAGGGUUCAACAUCUAGUAUCGAGGUUGACCCUUUGAAUCCUACUGUUCACAAUAAUCACAUUGACUUGACACAAAAACCACCUUUGGUACCGGCCUCAUCCAAUGUGACCAUGAAUGACACAAGAAAAGUGACAUAUCCUUUAUUUACCACUUCUGAACAAGAGAAUGAACCCCAUAAUGACUCGUUUUUAGAUAUUGGUACCUUGAUUCGACAAGCGAUCAAGGUACAAACCCCCAUGACAAGUAUUUCGCGUAAACCACGGUUUGACGGUAUGCAUGUGCCCAACAUCACAGUUCAACCCAAUAAACGUUGGCAGUUUGCAAUACGGACAGUUUUAAAGUUACUACGAGGAGUAGAACACAACAGUACAUUGACGGAUCUGUCGAAUGGAGGAUUGCAAAAAAUUGAUAAUGCACCCGGAGUCAAUGAACGAAGCUUAAUGCACGUUCUUAAAGCAUUUCAAUAUCAAGGAGAUUUAGUAUUGACCACAAAGAUUCAACAAUUUCUUUCACAGAGCUGUGUUUGGCAAGGUUCUGAAACGGAAGAGAAUGUAGCCAUGCUGAAUCGGCUGCUCAUGACUCGUAUUUCAUCAUUUUCCAAAUUCCCGUAUGAUCAGCGAAUUCGAUUUUGUUCCGUCAUGACCUAUGAGGCACAUCGAAGAGGAGCUACAAUUAUUCAGCAAGGACAUGAACCUUGCUAUUUUUAUUUUAUACUUAGCGGUCAAGUUGAAGUUCUCAAGGAUCGCAGUGAUGGGGUUACUGGAAAACUCCGAUUAAAUCUGUUAAACCAAGGCGACUGUUUUGGAGAAGUUGCUUUGGAUGGAUCAUAUCAAGAAAGACGAACCACCAGCAUAGUAUGCACUGCUCCAAGCGAGUUUCUUCGAAUUGAUAAAGAUGCAUAUCGCAAGAUUCUCAUUGGAGAAGACUCGCAAUCCGACUUGUCAAAGCGUUUAAAACUGUUAAAGGAAAUUCCCGUAUUUUCACAUGUAGAUGAUCAGAUUCUUGAGCAAGCAGUACUCAAGUCACAGGUACAUCACUUUGAGCGAAACACGAUUAUACUUGAAGAAGGCAAAUCCAAUCGACGACUGUUUUUUAUAUCUUCUGGUUCGUGUAGAUUGGAUAAACAUCUUCCUCUUAUUAGAAAAAGAAUAGGAAAAUCGCAAUGGCAACUUCGACGACCAGAAGUAGAUACAGAUACACGGAUUGGUGCUGGACAACUUAAUCCAUCAUUCACACUUGCUAAAGGAGAGCAGUACUACCUUCAAUGCGUUAGUUUGGCAGAGGUUGGACCAGGACAGUCAUUUCCUGAACCACUUCCAACACACAUUUCUGUGACGGAAUCUGCUACUACCGAGAGAUUGGAUCUGAUUUCCAAAAUCAAUGAUCACGAUGCACUGAGUAUGAAUCGAGCCUAUGUUACAGUGACAGCCACUCGUCCUGUUGUGUGUAUCACUAUGGAGCGAAUUGAUUUUGCACGCAUCAUGACAUGGUCCAUGCUUAAAUGCCUAUUGGAUGCCUCUAUCCUGUAUUCAAUCCCAGUGAUGGCCAUGCAGGAUCAAUGGAUAUUGCAGCAAGGCUGGAAAGAUUACAAAAGACGUGUCGUGCAGGAAACGAUACUGCAAAAGUCGAGAGAGAAAUGGGUCAAAAGGAUUGAGCUUCAGCAAUGGCAUAAUCUUCGAAUUCCAUCCACUCAAUGUUAUCACCAUUAAAGCCAUCAAGAAAUAUACUUUCAAAUGAUAUGUUGC